AUAAACUUAGAGAAUUUCGUGCUGACAACGGAGUCAAAGAUUUACGGAGAGCCUAGUUCUGGCCAGUCAAGUAAGGAUGUUGACCUCAGCCAAUUCCUCCUAGAUGCAACUCCCGACAAGGAAAUCGGCGACGAAUUCCGUUCACUAAGCGAACUGGUACGGUCUCACAUUGAGAGUCAUUACCAUCUACAACCAUUGCACUCUUCGGCUUCACUAGUUCCGAGCAUUCGCGACUUGGAAUUGCCCCAGACUCCAGGGUCAACUCCCGAAAGCGUGGCCGCUAUCUGUGCCAAUCCGGUCAGUCGACAAGUCGGGCUUCAGCACGUUGUUUCCACGGCCAUUCUCAACAGUAUCGACUUCCCCUCAGGGGGCCGAUUUUCUGUGCUUCCCGAACCAGUGACAAACUUUCUCCGCUCCGUCCCAAGGGAUACCCAAUACGACAACUCUAGUGCGAAAAUGCUCGCGUUGUCACAAUGGCGUAAAUUAUCGGCGUUUCUACUGCACCCAAGUCGCAACCAACGGACUCCACUUUCAAUGCCAGACUCGGCGGCAGCUCAGCAUGCUGCUGAUCUCACCGCAGCUCUUCAGGUCUUUCUUAGGCCUUUCGUUCCUGCAGACCAGACCAGACUAGAGGAGCAAACGGAACACCUUCAGGCGGUCAUUCUGGAAUGUGCAAAGUUUGGUUGGUUGGUCAUGUCACAACCCAGCGACUGGCAUUUCAAGUAUGGCCAGGGUGGAGGAAACUCGGAGGUCCGGAUGCUCGUCGUUUUUCCUGGUCUUGAUAAGUUAAGUGGCAAGGAUGGAAAGUUGUAUCGGUCACCUCAUCAGGUCGUGGCGCCUGUGGUAACACAAGUUUAG